GCUCGCCUCUCCUCGCCGGAGUGCCAAGAAACCCCACCGCCUCUGCUCUCCAGCGCCGGCGACCGAUGGACAGGUUCCACGACAGGCAGCACGUGUGGCUGCGGAGCCGCGUGCACGGCACGUACCUCAAGGCCAACAGCGACGGGAAGACCGUCUCCCUUCGCGGCCGCCGCGCCUCGCUGAAGGCCGCGUGGACGGUGCACAUCUACCACGGCGAGGGCGACGCCGUGUACCUGCUCCUCCACAGCGCUGCCUACGGCCGCUACCUCGCCGCCACGACCACGCGGGCGCCGCUCGGGCUCGGCCACAACGGCUUUCGCGCCGAGCAGCGCAACUACGAUGAGCCGGACAUGCAGGCCAUCAUGUGGGAGGCCGUCGGGGCGGGCUCCGGUGACGACGUCAUGCUCCGCAACGUCGGCGGCUGCUACCUCCGCGCCAACGGCAGGUACCUCCGCUGGAGCACCGGCGUCAGCGUCGAGGACAUGGACAGAGUCAGCACCAUGGCGCACUGGAUCGUCGAGCCCAUCCCCGCCAGAGAGGCGGGCAUGCCUGACCUUCCUGGCCCGCCCAACCGCGUCCUCUACAUGGUGCUCGGCCAGGCGUGGCGGACGAUCGUGUUCGUGCGAGCGAACGCCGAGGGGUUCUACGACGAGCACGGCUGGCACAUGUUCCCUUUCAGGGGGAGGUCCGUGAACCACCUGAGGAACGAGCUGGCCGACCGCAUCGCCUUCAUCGACGGCCAGUACCCCGACGGCAUCGCCAUGUGCGUCCGGGCGGGCCUCUACGGGAGGCUGACUCCACUCGUCGUCGACCUACCCCGCUACUCUGGCCACGCCGAGGCCCACCAGAUUGUCGUGAUGAUGUCCGGGACCCCUGCGUACGAUGAGCUGCGAUACCCUGAUGUCAACGCAAUAUAGAGAAAGCUCAUAGCUGGAGGCCUGACAGUUCACCUGUUCAUAAGUUGCGCCGCCUCAGAUAUGAUGAUAACAGAACAGGACGCCUACUUUUGCCUAUAGACACAUGGAUAUAGGUUCACAAAACUCAGCAGCUCCCAUGUUUCUUCUGCUAGCUGAACUUGGUGAAAAUGUUGCAUCCGAUGGCUGAACGACUCUGUACUCUGUAGUGAUGCUGGUUGUAGUAAUCGUUUGUGUCGCUCUUCUGACAUUCACUGUGGGGUUCUUGCAGUGAGUUGAUGGUCCUGCAUUCCUUUUGUACUAUGCAUUUCUCUUAGAUGAAGCAUCUGAUAUGAA